UUUACCUUGAAAGUUUCCCGCCAAAACGGAAAGUUUUCCACGACGCGACAUACUUGUUGAUUGUGAUCGUACUUUUGCUCGAUCUUUUUAUUCAAACUUCAAACGAAUACUCGCGUAACAUGGAAGGCUUCGACGAUCCAGGAGUAUUCUUCUCGGACAAUUUUGCGGUGAACGACACCGACGAAAAUCGGGUGAAUCUCCAACACUCGAAGAAGAAGUUCAAGGAAUUCAUUCGACAGUUUCACGAGGGUAACUUCAAUUACAAAUAUCGGGAUACUCUAAAACGUAAUUACAAUCUUGGGCAAUACUGGCUGGAGAUUAAUUUGGAAGAUCUGGCAGCUUUUGACGAGUCCCUCGCAGAGAAGAUCCAAAAACUCCCAACAGAAUAUUUACCGAUUCUAGAGGAGGCUGCGAAGGAUGUUGCGGACGAACUUACAACGCCACGACCUGAAGGUGAAGAAAAAGUGGAAGAUAUUCAGGUGCUGUUGUGCUCGGAUGCUCAUCCAACCUCUUUGAGAGGAAUGAAGCCCGAUAUUGUUUCCAAGAUUGUCAAAGUUCCUGGUAUAAUUGUCUCUGCAUCUGGAAUCAGAGCAAAGGCAACAAAAAUUGCAAUACAAUGUCGCUCUUGUAAAGUUACUCAAGUCAAUAUUCCUAUCAAGCCAGGCUUGGAAGGAUAUGCAUUACCUAGGAAGUGUUCUACAGAACAAGCAGGUCGACCAAGAUGUCCUCUAGAUCCUUUUUUUAUAAUGCCAGAUAAAUGCCGUUGCGUAGAUUUUCAAGUAUUAAAGCUUCAAGAAUUACCAGAUCAUAUACCGCAGGGUGAAAUGCCUAGACAUUUGCAAUUAUAUUGCGAUCGGUAUUUAUGCGACCGAAUUGUACCUGGUAAUAGGGUUUUGAUUCUUGGGAUCUAUUCCAUUAAAAAGGUGUCUAAAACAGGUGGUAAAAAUGCAGGCAGAGAGAAGGCAUUAGUAGGUGUUCGGGCUCCGUAUAUUCGAGUUCUUGGUAUCACUGUAGAUGGAGAAAAUGCAAACAUUGGAACUCAGCCACCUGUGUCAUCCGAAGAGGAGGACCUUUUCACCCGUUUAGCGGCAGAUCCUAAUCUAUAUGAGAGAAUCGCGAAGAGCAUAGCUCCCAGUAUUUUUGGUGCGAUAGACAUCAAGAAAGCUAUCGCGUGUUUACUAUUCGGUGGAUCCAGAAAACUGAUGCCGGACGGUUUAUGCAGGAGAGGUGAUAUCAAUGUGUUGAUGUUGGGUGAUCCGGGUACUGCAAAAUCGCAGUUAUUGAAAUUUGUGGAAAAAGUCGCCCCUAUAGCUGUUUAUACAUCAGGAAAAGGUAGUUCCGCGGCUGGUUUGACAGCGUCUGUAUCGAGAGAUCCAGUGACUAGAAAUUUUGUUAUGGAGGGCGGUGCAAUGGUACUCGCGGAUGGUGGAGUUGUCUGCAUAGAUGAGUUCGACAAGAUGAAGGAGGACGAUAGAGUGGCGAUACACGAGGCUAUGGAACAACAAACAAUUUCUAUAGCGAAAGCGGGAAUAACGACGACCCUAAAUACGCGUUGUUCCGUGUUAGCGGCGGCAAAUUCGGUCUUCGGUCGUUGGGACGAGAUAAAAGGAGAAGAGAAUAUAGAUUUCAUGCCGACGAUACUAUCCCGUUUCGAUACGAUAUUUAUUGUUAAAGAUGAGCAUGAGCACAACAGAGAUAUAACACUGGCCAAACACGUUUUGAACAUUCAUUGUAAUGCUGGCCAGAUCACAGAACAAUCAGUAGAAGGAGAGAUACCUGUACACAUUCUCAAGAAGUAUAUAAAUUAUUGCAGAACCCGUUGUGGUCCAAGACUCAGUGCAGAGGCAGGAGAAAAAUUAAAUCGUUAUGUAAUGAUGCGAGCUGGUACUAGAGAACAUGAGAAAGAUGCCGAGAAAAGAUUGUCUAUACCUAUAACAGUCCGGCAGCUUGAGGCUAUCGUACGAAUCUCCGAAGCAUUGGCCAAAAUGCAGAUGCAACCCUUUGCUACUGAAGUUCAUGUAAACGAAGCUCUAAGGCUCUUCCAAGUGUCUACGUUAGAAGCAGCAAUGUCUGGAUCAUUAGCAGGAGCUGAAGGAUUUACCUCAGAAGAGGAUCAUGAAAUAUUGUCGCGCAUCGAAAAACAAUUGAAAAGCAGAUUUCCUAUUGGACAUCAAGUGUCUGAGCAAAAUAUAGUGAAAGAUUUUCUUAAGCAAUCAUUUCCGGAACGCGCUAUUUACAAAGUCAUACAUACAAUGAUACGUCGUGGUGAACUGCAACAUCGUUUGCAACGUAAAAUGUUGUACAGACUGCAUUGAAGAGAACAACAAAAACAUUUUUAAUGCGUAUGUAUAACGUUAUGCUUUUGUUGCGUAUGUUACAUAAUUCUUUUUCAACUAUUUUGAUAGAAAACUAAUGACCGUGUGUUAAUUUACAAUUAUGGAAGUUCGUCCUUAAAUGGAUAUUGAGGAUGAUCUUGAAUUCUGAAACAAAUAAUUUAUUACAUACAAUAUAUUUAUAUAGCUGUGCAAAAAUA